AUGGAUAUGGUGAACAGCUCAGUGGUAUCUGAAUUCGUUUUGUUAGGACUCACCGACAAUUGGGAACUUGAAAUUUUCUUUCUUUUCCUAUUUUUGUUGGCCUACUCAGCAAUUAUGGCAGGAAACCUUCUCAUUGUGGUCACGGUAACCUUUGACUCUCAUCUGUGCUCUACGCCAAUGUACUUCCUCCUUGGAAAUCUCUCCUUUCUGGAUAUGUCUAUUUCCACAAUCACAACCCCUAAGAUGGUUGCAGAUUUUCUCAGGGAAAAUAAAACUAUUUCCUUGUGGGGCUGUAUGGCUCAGAUGUUCUUCCUCCACUUGUUAGGGGGCAGUGAGAUGACUCUUCUCAUUGUUAUGGCUGUUGAUCGAUACAUUGCAAUAUGCAAACCUCUUCACUACACAGCCAUCAUGAAGCGCCGAGUACUUGUGACCUCUGUGCUGCUGUCAUGGGCCGUUGGUUUUGUGCACACAAUGAGCCAGAUGAUUUUUACUAUCACCUUGCCCUUCUGUGGCCCCAAUAUAGUGGAUAAUAUUUUUUGUGACCUUCCCCUAGUUCUAAAGCUUGCCUGCACUGAGACCUAUGUUCUGGAGUUGCUGGUGAUUGCUGACAGCGGAUUGCUGUCCUUCAUCUGCUUCAUACUCUUGCUCAUUUCCUACACUAUCAUUUUGCUAACUGUCCGACAUAGAUCCUCUGAUGGACUCUCCAAGGCUCUGUCCACACUGUCUGCUCAUAUUACUGUGGUGACUCUGUUCUUUGGGCCAUGUAUCUUCAUUUAUAUUUGGCCAUUUAGUAACUUUUCGGUGGAUAAAUUUCUCUCAGUGUUUUAUUCAGUUAUCACACCCUUACUGAACCCCAUUAUUUACACUCUAAGGAAUCAGGAGAUGAAAGCAGCCAUGAGUAGACUGAGAACCCAACACAUAAACACCUGGAAGAAAAAAUAA